AUGAUUAGGACAACUAAUUUACUUAGACUUCCCCAGUUGGGUAGGUUAUUUGCCCCGACUGUUCUCAGAAAUUCCAGGUGUCUGUCGCACACGUUCCCUAGGGCCAACGAGUUGAAUGAGCAAGUUAUGAAACCAAAGAAGCCUCUUUCCAGGAUACCCGUGGGGGGUUCCGAAUCAGUGAGAGAGCAGACUGUGAAGACUGGCUCAACUGUUGAGUUUUCCACGGGAAGGGCGUUGGUUCUGUUUCUGGUGGUGGGAGCUGGAUUGACGUAUUUCUUCAAACAGGAGAAGAAAAGGCUGGAAAUCCAAAGAGAAGCUGAGACAAACAGGGGUAUGGGAAAGCCGCUUAUUGGGGGAGACUUCAACCUUGUGGACCAUAACGGAAACCCUUUCACUCAGGAAAAGCUCAAGGGCAAGUUCUCAGUGCUGUACUUUGGCUUCAGCCACUGCCCCGACAUCUGUCCCGAUGAGCUUGACAAGCUAGGAUUGAUCUUGGAAAACAUGAAGAAGAAUCAUGGGGUCACUUUGCAGCCAAUAUUUAUUACGUGUGAUCCAGCUCGUGACUCGCCCGAGGUGCUGAAGGAGUAUCUCAGUGAAUUCCACCCUGAUAUUAUAGGCUUGACUGGUGACUACGACGAGAUUAAGAAGUGCUGCAAAAACUUUCGUGUCUACUUUUCCACGCCCAGGGACCUCAAACCUGGACAGGAUUACCUGGUGGACCACUCCAUCUUCUUCUACCUCAUGGACCCAGAGGGUGAGUUUAUUGAUGUACUGGGUAGACAAUACGAUGCUGAGGGUGCUGCUGAGAAGAUCAAACAGCACAUUUCAGUUUACGUUCCCAAGGACGCCAGAGAGAAGCAGAAACAAGGCUGGUUGGGGUUUCUCUUUAAAUGA